AUGGUGGUGGACGUGCGCGGAAGGGGCGUGGCCCUGGAGGAGGAGGAGCUGGAGUGCGGCAUCUGCUGCAUGCCUUACGACCGCUGCGGGCGGGCGCCGCGCCGCCUCGGGGGCGCGCACGGCUCCUGGAAGCCCUCGCGCUGCCGCCACGUGAUCUGCAGCGCCUGCGUGUGCCAGCUGGCGCGCGAGAGCUGGUGGGAGGAGGUCACGUGCCCCUACUGCCGCGCCGUGACGUCCCUGCGCGAGCGCGGCAACUUCCUCGUGGCCGGCGUGCGGCGCGGGAGCGGCGUGGGCCGGCGGCGCCUGGUCCUGCCGCCCAUCGACCCCGAGCUGUGGCAGCGCGUCGCCCUCCUCGAGAGGGAGGAAGCCGAGCGCGGCGGCGGCGCGCAGGAGGACGGCGGCGAGGACGGAGGCGACGAGGAGGGCGACGACGGGCAAUGGGGCCUCUGGAGGGCGCUGAAGAGGCUCCUGAAGCGGGGCGGAGGCGGCCGCCAGGCGCAUGCGCGGAGCAGGAGGGGGCGGGGCCGCAGCAGCUCCUUGCCCCCCCGGCGGAGGCCGCAGCCAAUCAACCCCUACGACUCUGAAAUAAAAGACUUGGCACUCAUGACUUGCUACAUCAUCUGAGGAGCUCAGUGGCUUGAAUCAAUCUACUUUUAUGACUGCUACAUCAGAAAAGUGUAGCUAGCCUGCAUCUACAAGAGGUGCUGCUGCGAGACCUUGGCUACAAACUGGGUGUUAUUUCACUGCAGCAUGUGGAAGAUGUUCGAGGUUGCUGUGCGUCUCCUCUCCAUUCUGGUUAGCACAGAAGUUCCUGGAAGUUGCUGUUCCUCAUGAACCCAUAGAGGCAACGCCAAUACGUGGCCCCAGGAGAGCUGCAUCCCGUGGGCCGUCGCUUCUCAGGCCGUGUGAAAAGUAGCAAAAGGGAGAAGAUAAAGCAAAAGACCGGUCAGUCCUACAGAAUGCUAGAUGGCACCUCUUCUCACGAUUCUGACAUCUACUCCAAUAUAUUCAGCUUCUCUGUUGUCUGCCUUCCAAAAAACAAGGUGGGGUUUAUGAGAGACCACUUUCUGAAAGUGUCAUCCCACCCCCCACCACGACAACAAAUUGGGUUGAUGUGGUUGAGGUCAUAUGGCUAGGAAGCUGGAUGCAUGGUCUGAUGUCCAGUGUUUUUCUAUUGUCAAGUAACCGUUUUUGCAAAACUUGACCCGGGUCGCUCAUGGUUUGGGGGUAGGGAAGGAUAGAAAUAGAGCUUCCUACAGUCCCUGUUUAUGUGCAUAUUCAGCCUUCAUUCUCAAGUCUUGGAAGCUAAAAAUAUUUUAUAUUUGGCUUUUUUUUCCUGCCUUCAGAGAAUGUAAAUAACAAUUAAGUGUUGUUAAAUGGCUUCCUCAUAAUGUUUCGUCUUGUGGUGACACCUAAUAACUUCCUAAGACCUGGGAAGUGCCUCAAAGUUAAAGGAAUAAACCUGGUCCAUGAAGUCAUGAAGAGUCGGAAGCGACUGAAGGAAUAAACAACAAAAUAGCCCAUUUCUGCCCAAGUAGGGCUGCUGCCAUUACUCCCUGUUUUGCCACCAUUCCCCUGGCUGGGCCAGGAGCAUCUUUGAAGUAGAAAUCUGAGCACAGUAUGAAGAGACAAGUGAUUUGGCUAAAAGGGGGGCAGUCAGCUCCUCAAGACCAGGUGUUAAACCUGCCAGAUCACUUUGCAACAGCCACAUAAUGCAAUUCUGGGUGAUUCAGGCUUUUUUCUGGUGCAACUUUGUUGAGCUGGAUUCCUAGUUAUUCAGACAAAUACCUGAAGUAAAAUACUAGUUCAUUUGAUCAAAGGUCAUACAGGAGCUCAAGGAGAUACUUGGCUCUAGGAUAAAUCCUUCUAACCCUUUGCGACGAGUUGGUUUGACCCAUGUCUUCUCCUACCAAUACACCAUAUUUCUUUUGCUGAAUUCAUUACAACCUGCAAAACGUUCUGCAGGCUUUCCCAUUUUUUAAAUCUGACAUGUGAAUAUUAUGUAUAUUAGGAGGGGAGACCGAUCUUUCUAGAUCAGCCUUCCUCAACUUGGGGCACUCCAGAUGUGUUGGACUACAACUCCCGGAAUGCCCCAGCCAGCUCGGGCAUUCUGGGAGAUGCAGUCCAACACAUCUGGAGCGCCCCAGGCUGAGGAAGGCUGUUCUAGAUGCUGUUUCCUUGCCAGAAAGAUCACAUUUUAAUUGCUGGUUGAUUUUAAGAAGCAUUUCUGUGAAAUGCAUUUGAAGUACUUAAUUUCAUAUUUAUGAUAUUUGUUCCAAUUUCUUAACGUUUUGGCAACUGUGACUUAUUUAAUUUUAAUAAAAACCUAAGAUUUGAAAUACUAA